UUUGGCUUGAGUUCCUCGAGUGUGGGGUACUUGGGUCGGGUUGGCAUCAUGGCCAUCCCAGCUGUAGGAGGGCCCUAUGUGUGGGCAUUCGUCGCCUUCUCCUCUGUGCUUCAUUUCUUUGAGCAGUAUCUGGAGUUCCGGCAGCUUCAAAAGAACAGAGAAACUGCCGUCCCAGAGGAGUUCCGAGGCGUCGUGGAGGAGGCCAAGUUCCUGGAAUCUCAGGCGUAUCAGAAGGACAAAAGAGUCUUCGGUUUUGUGAAGGAUUGGGUCAGCUUCAUCUACGACAAGGUCCAGCUGUUCCUGAUUACGCCAUUGCUGUGGCAUUACGCCGUUGGAGUUUUUGGAGAGGAGGCGGAAUAUAGCUGCACCCUCUUUUGGCUCUUCCUCUUGCAGUGGGUGGAGAAGCCGAUCAGCAUUCCUUUCUCGCUCUAUUCCAACUUCGUGGUGGAGGAGAAGCACGGCUUUAACAAGAUGACAGUGAAGCUGUUCAUCACGGAUCUCAUAAAGAGCGAGAUUCUGACCUACAUCUUUGGAGGUUUGCUAGUGCCCAUGCUGAUUUGGAUCGUGCGAUACUUUGGCGCAGGUUUCUACCUGUAUUUGUGGGGCUUUGUGCAGUUCCUUAUAAUGGCCUUCAUGUGGAUCUACCCCAACUUUAUUCAGCCGCUCUUCAAUGAGUUCCGGCAGCUUCAGGAUGCCUCGCUCAAGGAGAAAAUCGAAGCCUUGGCUGCCGAGGUGAGCUUCCCCUUAACGAAGCUCUUCGAGAUUGACGGCUCCAAGCGCUCAGGGCACUCCAAUGCCUAUUUCUUUGGCUUCUGGAAGUACAAGCGAAUUGUCCUCUACGACACCUUGCUCCACUUGAAGCAUGACGAUAUCUUGGCCAUCCUUUGUCACGAAUUAGGUCAUUGGAAAUUCGGCCACACGCUGAUGAAUUUGGUGAUUAGCUCGGCACACACUUUCGUGCUAUUUUGGCUGUUCGACCUGGUGAUGUAUUCGGAGGUGUCAACACAGAUGAUCAAGCAGUUCGGCUAUGGAGAGACCAAUGCGGUGAUGGUCUCCCUGAUGCUGUUCAUGCUGUUAGUCAGCCCCACUGAGCAGCUGCUGAGCUUGCUAAUGACCAUGCUUAGCCGUCGCAACGAGUUCCAGGCAGAUAGUUUCGCAGCGAAGAUGGGCCGAUCGGAUGCCUUGCAGAGUGGGUUGUUCCAGAUCCAUGAGGAGAACAAGGGAGAUCUUAAUCCUGAUCCAUGGUAUUCCUGGUACCACUUCUCGCACCCGCCGUUGGUCGAGCGGCUCCGUGCACUGAAAGCCCUGGAAGAAGAAACGGCCAAAAAGGCCACUUGAGGUGAAAUUGGUGGUGCAUGGGGUGCACGGCACCAAUGAGGGCGUGAAAAGGAGAUCGUGAGUUGGG